UUAUAACCAUUACAGCUGUUGCUUACCCACGUCAUAAUCCUUUAAAUAUAUGUAAUCAUAAACAAAUGGAAACUCGAUAGUUGAUGUACAUAUUGAUAAUAAAAACGUGUCAUGGCUUUUAAUAAGAAGCUGAAAAUGAAAGUGAUCUAUGAAGUGAAUAUAUUUAUCUCUACAUGGAACUGGUUUAUAUAUGAAUAGUGAAGCGACAACUUUGGAUUAUCAUGGCCAUCACAUAUAACUACAGUGCUUUAGUGAAUAUACUAUCAAGAAGUGAAAAUUGUUCGUCAGGUAAUAAAUGGAUAUGGAAACAUACAUCACAAUGUGUUGAGGAGACGGGACAUUUAGCUGGUUUCAUAUUUGGUAGCUUUGCUAUUGCACUGUCUGCAGUUUCUUAUUUAAGUUUAAGCGUUAUACACGUGCGUCGGAUAAACAAGUCCCAUACAAGUAGUAGCAUUGUGACCACAGUAUUACACUGGUUUUCAGAACUCAGCGCUUUGAUUGGAGCAUUUCUAUCUCUUCAACUACCAACACAGAUCAUAUAUAGUGCUGUCUUACUCAGUAUUCACACGAUAUGUUUUAUUUACGUGUGUAUCAAUCAAAACAUCAAAACUUUACGGAAUGUAACAACAGAUAAAAAAGGCUCGUUGUUGCUAAGGGCAUUUCUGUAUCCAUGUAUUUUGAUAAUGCCUAUAAUGUUCACCACUAUGCUGACACUAAAAUCAUUUCCAAAUGUGAAGGAGCGCUUUGACAAUAUUAACGAAAACACAGUGUCAUUUUAUAAGACUGGGAUGACAAUAUCUUUCUAUACUGGUUAUAAUCUUGGAAUAUUAGCAGCUAUUCUACUGUGUGGUGCACGAUCUGUAGAAGUUGUUCACUUGUUAAGGUAUAUGGACAAUCACAGAUGUAUACCCUGUGUGUAUAUGACCAGUAUAUUGGGAGGUAUCAGCUAUAUAUACAGUGUCUUAUCUCAAAGUUUGUCACUAGUAUUUAUUUACCAUACUUUACCCUGGACGUUACCAAGAUUAAUUACUGUCGGGAUAGAUGUCGGUAUAUUUACACAGCAUUUAUUGUAUACAAAACAAAGCAGAAAAAGAAAAAUAUCAAACGAAGAUGCAGAAACUUUAUUGAGUUCAGAAGAAGAUACCGAUUUCUCCGACGACGGUAGUGAGGAAGUUAUUUGGAUGCCAUUAAAAACAUUUGAUUAUCCAACAAACUAUCAAAUAUCAAGACUCCAGAUUGUGUCGGAAUCAGAGCCUAUUGAUCUGAAUAUUGAUGACAAUGAAGUAGAGCCCGUGAAUAAUUCAGCUAACGAUAUAGACAGUAAAGUGAACACUGAGAACUCUGACAAGAUGAUAGAGGAUAAUCAUAUAACAGCUGGUGACGUAGUGUCCACUCAAGACGACAUUGCUGAAAUAGAACUAAUAAAAGAUGAUCUCCAAUCUGACAUUGAAACAAGUAGUUCCGAGUCUGACAGUAGCAAACAUAUAGUGACUAACAAUAAUAUUGUAAAGAAAAAUAUUGCAACAUUAGCUGAGGUUAGCAAAGAAGAGAAAAUAGUGUCAUGGAUGAAUAGUAAAUAGAUAUGUGGAAUGCAAAACAAUUCUGUUUGAAAUAUAUAUAGAAAAAAAAGAAAAACAAAGCAGACUUUCCGGAUAAUUGCAUUUGACUUUUGAAUCGGUGUUUUUCUGGCAUAUAAUUCCCAAAUGCAUGUUAGGAUGCAUCCAUAACAAACAAACAAACAAACGUCAAAACAACAGCAGAAACAACAGCAGCAACACCAAAAUAACUAACAUAAAACAAACCAUAAUACCAUAUAAAUAUCGAGAGAAAGAAAAACGGGACCAUAGACCAACUGAGGUCCAUAAUAUUUAAGAAAUCAAUGUACCGGAACGCACUAUCAGAUACAGCCUCUACUGGUCAUGACGCGUCUUUUAGAGCUUCAGUGGUUGGUGAGGAAGAACAAAAAUAUUUUGGCCUCGUUUUUUAUUAUUUAUAUAUUAUUACAUUACCACAAUUAUCGUACUAGAUAACCAAAACAUACUAAGUUUGCUUGUUUUGGUUUUACGGCGUACCAACACAAUUAAGGACACAUGGCGCCGAAAAACUGUGUUUUGUGGGCAUGAUAACAUGAUCAAAUAAAUAGUUUUUCUUAUUGAAACAAAUAGUAUACAAUUUAUGUUAACAGAAUGAUGUUGUAAGGGAGGCCACUGUUACUAGUUAAAAAAAUAUUUGUGCAUGUACAUAUUGGUUAUUUCGCUUCUGUUGUACAUAGUGUUUGUAAAAUACGGCAACGUACAGUUUCUAGUACAUGUAUUAGGAAAUCAAACUGGCAAUCAGUUAUUGGAGGUUUAGAGACUAGCAGAUUAGCGCAAAAUGAUGUAACUUUGUAGGAGAAUCCAGUAGUUUUACAACGGAGUCCUUAGGGUUUCUAUGUCAUUUAAAUGCUUUCGAAUGCUUAAAAGGGCGAAAUAUCCAUUACACUGUAUUUAUACCAUCGAACUAUUUUUGGGGAGGCUAUGCCUCCCCAAUGUUAAUACCGUUUGUCAAAUCUUACUGCCGCGGUAAUCAGGUCAAAAAAUAGUACCUUGAUCUUUUUUAAGCUGACUCAUCAGUCAUCACAGACAUUUACAAUAUGAAAAUAUUUUCAUUCUUUAACUUCAUAUCUGCAAUUUGUGAAUAUAAUAAUUCUCUGAAAAAUUCUUGAUUUUUGUUUGUUUAUUUUUUCAAAAUCACUACUCCGUGACGUCAUACUGCCGCGGUAAUCAAGUUUAGGCAUACGUACGUUGGUCAUAAAUAGUUCUGGUAUGAAAACCCUUCUACAUAAUAACUUUAUCAAUAUUUUUUUAACAAAAAGCACAAAUGAAAAUUUAUAGGUAAAUGCUUUAAUUAGGUGGCAAAUAUUCUUUAUUAUUUUUGAUAACAAUUUUCCAAUUACUACGCAGCGACCAACUGUUUAUGACGGGUCAUUAUCUAGAACGUUGAACACCGUAGUCUCAAUAUCAUGCAUGUUCUUUUGUUGUUAUAAACCAUUAAUAGUUCUUAAUAUUUUUUAAAUACAAAUAAUGGUAAACUGUCGCUUACAUCAGAGACCUGGAUCAUGCUUGCGUGAUAACUAAGGAAAACUAACUUAUUAGUACACCUUAGGAGGCUGUACGCGGAAAACGCUCAUAAACCGCUAUAUCAUAUAGCUGUUAGUAAAUAUUUUGCAUACAUUUAACUAAAAAUUCACUGAUGGUGAUGAACAUAUAGGUUGAAAACAUUAUAUUCUUAAACCAUGUAUCGCCGAAAAAAAAACUAUUUAACUACAAAAUCCAUAAGGACUCUUCGACAAAAUUUCACCACAAGAUUACAUUUUAUAUUAGCAAAAUAAAAAAAGCAAUACUUAUAUUUUCAUAUUACAUAAUUCAUUAAUCAAACUUUUAACAUAAAAGUAUCUUUUAAAAAUAUGUCUGGCAAUUGACAGAUCCCUACUCUGAUCUUUUAUUUGUAUAGGAAUAAAUUUAAACAUGUGCUCUUUUGUUUAGGAAUAUUUUGUAGUGAAAGUCUUCACGGGGGUGGAACCCCAUAUGAAUCUCAAAAAUGAGCAUCGGUAAAAAUGAUAUGUGAAUUUCCGCUGCACCAGAUGUGAAGCAUAACACCAGAUGUGACUGGAAAAAUAGGC